AUGGCUCUAGUGAUACUGGCUGACCAAGGGAAAUCCUUCAGCCAAUGCAGUCCGUUACACAUCAUACAAGCAAUGGGCCAGGCGUCUGGCACCGAUAGAGAACACACUAAGGAGUUAUUGAUCAUCCUGUUAUGUCGAUGGGAUGGGAUUGGGGUAUAUAAACCAGCUCACAAGCAGCGUUGUCGGAAACCUCUAGAACAAAAUGCGGAGUUCCGUUUUCGGGGAGAAUCUGUGAUCGCUAUUAUUAACCUUCGAGAUGCUCCGUACAAUAUGAAACGAUGGAGAGAAUUGGCAACACAAAAGACCCGGGAAUUUGGGAAUCGGCUGGGAAUUGGUAUCCGAUGGGCUGAGCCCCUUUUCUUGUAG